GGGCCGCCGUGUGCCGGCGGACGCGGUGCGGGAGGGCAGCGCUCGGAGCCCCGGCGCCCUCUGCCCCUUCCCUUCCCCUCCUCGCCGCCGGGAUGCGCCCGGAGGCGGCGCCGCAGGCGGGCGGCCUGGAGCGGUUCGCCAGCCCCGGCAAGGGCCGGGGGCUGCGGGCGCGGCGGCGCUUCGCCGUGGGGGAGCUGCUGUUCAGCUGCCCGGCCUACGCCGCCGUGCUGACCGUCAGCGAGCGCGGCGGCCACUGCGACGGCUGCUUCGCCAGGAAAGAAGGAUUGUCCAAGUGUGGAAGAUGUAAACAGGCCUUUUACUGCAAUGUGGAAUGCCAGAAGGAAGACUGGCCAAUGCACAAGCUCGAGUGUGCUUCCAUGUGCACUUUCGGGCAGAACUGGAAUCCCUCAGAGACCGUGAGACUGACGGCGAGGAUCCUUGCCAAACAGAAAACUCACCCUGAAAGAACACACUCAGAGAAGCUGCUUGCUGUAAAAGAGUUUGAAUCACACAUUGACAAACUAGACAAUGAAAAGAGAGAGCUGAUUCAGAACGACAUUGCUGCUCUUCAUCACUUUUACUCAAAGCACUUGGAGUACCCUGACAAUGCUGCCCUUGUAGUUCUCUUUGCACAAGUUAACUGUAAUGGCUUCACAAUUGAAGAUGAAGAACUCUCUCAUUUGGGAUCAGCCAUAUUUCCUGAUGUUGCAUUGAUGAACCAUAGCUGUUGCCCAAAUGUGAUUGUGACUUACAAGGGAACCUUGGCUGAAGUCAGAGCUGUUAAAGAGAUUGAGCCUGGAGAGGAGAUUUUUAGCAGCUAUAUUGACCUGCUAUAUCCCACAGAAGACAGAAAUGACCGGUUAAGAGACUCAUAUUUCUUUAAUUGUGAUUGCAGGGAGUGCAUUACAAAAGAAAAGGAUAAAGAGAAACUGGAAAUCUGCAAGCUGAAUGAUCCUCCAUCGGCAGAGGCGGUACAAGACAUGAUCAAAUAUGCCAGGAACGUGAUUGAGGAAUUCAGGCGAGCCAAACACUACAAAUCCCCUGGUGAAUUACUGGAGAUCUGUGAGCUCAGCCUGGACAAGAUGGGUGCAGUGUUUGAAGACAGUAAUGUUUAUAUGUUACAUAUGAUGUACCAGGCCAUGGGUGUCUGUCUCUACGUGCAGGACUGGGAAGGUGCACUGCGUUAUGGGCAAAAAAUUAUCAGACCAUACAGUAAACAUUAUCCCUCCUACUCGCUGAACGUUGCCUCCAUGUGGCUGAAAUUAGGGAGACUGUAUAUGGCGUUGAAUAACAGAACGGCUGGAGUUAAAGCCCUGAAGAGGGCAAUUGCUAUCAUGGAAGUAGCACAUGGGAAAGAUCAUCCAUACAUUUCAGAGAUCAAAAAGGAAUUAGAGGACCACUGAGCCUUUGAAUCUAUGCAAUCCUUCAAACCUUUAUUUAAAAAGCCUUGUUAUGGAAACCUUCAGGAGUGCUUUGAAAAGCGGUAGAGUGAACACAGUUCUGUCCUAUAAUUGGAAUGACAAACACACUUAGGCCUAGCUUCCUAGCUUCCACCCAUCUACAAUUGCCUUUUUUUUUUUUUCUUUUAAGGAAGCAUCCAUGGUUUCUUGAAGGUUAUGCCUUCUGACAGUUCAUGUGCAAAAGUGGCCAUUUUUUUCUUUAGGGAUUUCAAUGUGGAUCUUAUUUGUGUAAAGUCAAUAAAGUGGUCUUGACCCCUCUUGAUUCCACUUA